AUGCAUUAUGUUGGAAGAGAAGCCAGACAGUCCCAGCGGGAUCGCUAUCCUGCACAUCGAUUUUACAAGAAAGUUAUUGCAAUUUAUCAUUUGGCCAAGAAAAAUCGCUUCUUCAAUAUUGCCAAAGAAUAUGAUAUAAUUCAUGGGCAAUGGUUACCACCAUUACAGCCGUCUUACGACUAUGUACCACGAAUUUAUCUCACACCCUAUGGUAUCUAUCCUCGAACAUUAAAACCAAUUCGUGGUAACCGUGUUCUUCGUCAAUGCAAACGUUUUGGUUUAUCGAUACGACAUUUCUGUCGAGUAAUCUUACGUGACUGUGACUUGUCGCUCAUCCAAAGUGAUGCCAUUGAAGCUUGGCAAUCACAGUUAAAAGCAAUUCUUCUUAACGAUGGAUUGAUUAUUGGUCAACGUCAUUUUGAGUUCUUACUCUUUUCCAAUAGUCAAUUGCGAGAUCGUAGUCUUUGUUUCUAUCGCUCAUUUGAAUCAUGGACUGUCGAAGGCAUUCGUCAAUGGCUGGGCGAAUUUAAUCAUGAGAAAUCUGUUGGAACACGCAUAGCACGCAUGGCUCAAUGCUUUACUUCAACCAUAAAGGGUAUUUUAGUAAGUGAAAUUUGA